GCGGAACAGCCUGGCGUGGGCGCACUGUGCUGCAUGCAGGGGGAUGAAGCAUAUCAUCUAUCGGAAUUAAAACAGUGCUUACUGCCGGAUUCACAUAAAUGGAAUGUAACCAGAUUUUUAACAACAUUAUUUUACGCAUGCAUUAUAAGUAUAUUGGUGGCAAUUUCAUAAGGACAAUCUGAUUGGUGGAGACGUUAAGGGUGGUUGUCAUGAAAACGGCAGGUUGCUAAAUAAAAACACUUCAGAGCAAAUCAAUCUGAUCUGAGCGUCCAGACAGCGGUUGCAUUUGGAGGAUUGGGUUUGUAGCAGAAUUGAUGGGGAAAGUCCUUAGCUGUUCAUUAUGGGAUUUUGGGGGAUCCAAUGGCCGACAGGAGAUGCCUUCUCUCUGAGUGGAUACAGGCAGUAGGGUGGUGACCGCAGCACCUCUCCUGUUUGUCCUUGUGUGCUGUGACCGUUUUUAGGAUGCGUUCCUUAAGGAAGACAGUGUUGUUGGCCAUCGUGGCGUCUGUGGUGUUGGUGUUGGCCCUCCUCCAUUCUUGGCCCACCCGGGCCUACACCACCGUGGAUGUCUGGCAGAGACCAGGGCCUGCAGUAGAGAGGCACCUGGAGGAGAGGUUCCCAGAACCAGACCACAGAUCUGCCAACAUCCCCUAUCGUGUGAAGGAGAGUGUUGCAGGUCUGUUGGCACGUAACGGGUGUGUGUGUGAAGGUGAGAGUGGGGGUAUGAACCUGCCCUUUGCCCAGCUGCUGUUCCCCCGGGUGUCGGCCCACCCCAUGCACACUGCAUUUGAGGCUUCUGAGUUGGAAGAGAUGAAGAAACGAAGGGCCAAGGAGUACCAGGGCUUCCAGAUGAGGUCUCAGACUCCUGCAGAUAUGCUCAUCGUGGCCGAGGCCAACAAUCCUCUGCAGUACCCAACACAGGGGAUGGAAGUACGGCCACUCAAAACCAUCCUCAUCCCAGGACUUGCAGUACAAGACCAUCCCAGAGAGCUGUACACAGUCAACUUCACCUCCACCCUGGGAACGUUAAAUGUGGCAGCAGAGGUUGAGGGGGUAAAGGUCAAAGGUGACGGGGAGAUGCACAUGACCCUGACCAGCAGCCUGCUGUCCAAUUUGAACCGGCAGCUACAGUUUGUCACCUAUACCAACACACUGUUCCACCCUAGUACAGCAGACACAGUGCAGGUUGAGACAGAGGGUCACCAAGCCAUGUUUACUAUCAAGGUCCGUCAUGGUGUAACUCCAAAACUCUACAACACAGGGCCCAAAGGGGAAUACAACAUCAGUGCCCUUGUUACCAUAGCAACCAAAACCUUCCUGCGCUAUGACAAGCUCCAAGAUCUCAUCGACAGUGUGCGAAAAUACUAUUCCACUGUCACCAUAGUAAUAGCUGAUGACAGUGAAAACCCAAAGAUGGUCUCUGGCCCCUACAUCGAACAUUACAUCAUGCCAUUUGGAAAGGGCUGGUUUGCAGGACGGAACCUAGCCGUUUCCCAGGUGACUACCAAGUAUGUGCUGUGGGUGGACGAUGACUUCAUCUUCACGGCCAACACCAAGCUGGAGAAACUGGUGGACGUCCUGGAGAGGACUACCCUGGACCUGGUGGGUGGUGCAGUGCGGGAGGCCACUGGCUAUACUGCCACCUACAGGCAGACCAUGUCCAUUGAGCCAGGGGAGGAGGAGGGUGACUGCUUGCAUAUGCGGAGGGGCUUCCACCACAUCAUCCAGGGCUUUCCAAACUGCGUAGUCACGGACGGGGUCAUCAACUUCUUCCUGGCCCGCACAGACAAAGUCCAGCAAGUGGGCUUUGACCCCCGUCUGGCCAGAGUGGCCCACCUGGAGUUUUUCAUCGAUGGCCUCGGCUCACUUCACGUGGGAUCCUGUGAUGAUGUCAUCGUCAACCACGCCACCAAGAUCAAGCUUCCCUGGGUCAGCCAAUCAGAGAGUGACAAGACGUAUGCCAAGUUCCGCUACCCACCAGCCUCUUCGGAUGCCACACACACCAAAAACGGCCUCCUCUAUUUCAAGAACCGCUUCCAGUGUUUGACUCACAAUUAGAUGACCUGUUUUGUUAACCUGUCGUUUCUCCUCUCGUUCAAGAUUCAUGCUCUUUCUGAGUUGCCAAAGAAGCUCUCGCCCGACGUGUCCAAUCGGAUAAGAUUUUAAACAACCACAUUACACACAUCCCCUUGAAUAUCGACCUUGCUUGUUUCACUCUAGAGGGAUUUCCAUUCAAACAGAGCAAAGCUGUCAUUUCUCUUAACUUAAUCAUAAUUUCUCUUCAGUUGUGUACUCUUGAUUGUAAACUCAAGGUUGAGAUCAUAUUAAGGGAUAUAUGUGCGUGUUGUGCCUCAAAUCUUAUCUGACGAGUCGCCACCGAGUCCUUUUGUUGAGGAAAGAGAACAAAGACAUGCUGAAUUAGCCUUAUGCCCUCACAGGACUAAAUGAGGUGAACGAGUUUCCAUACUUUUAUGAAGAGAUCAGAGGUAUGUGUACUCUGUCCUUCCCUUUGCACUAUACAGUUUGAGCUGGACUGAGCUCUAAGGGUCAGACAAAUGAGGAUUGUGGGGACCAAGGGGGACUGAGGAUGGGGAUUGACAGUCAUUCAGUAGAGAGGACACUUCUCAGCAUGUGACAACCCCUUCAGAGACACAACGCAUGGGUGCUCCCUUUCCAACCCCAGACAAUGAACGCAUACAAGACUCUAAAUGUGUGGCUAAUUCUCCCUGGGUGUCUGUGCCAAUGGUUUCCCAGGUGGUUUGGUGUUGAAUGAUAUUUUUUGUUUAAAACCUCUGUGUCGCCCUUGACUGGCCCAUGCUUGAGGAGAAUGAUGCUCAUCCAUCUGGUCUGGGAUCUAACCCAGGAAUAAUAUCCCUGUUUCACCUGGUCUAGUGCAUUCUGUCUAUCUAGGGUCGAUUCCACUCUGUUUUAUACUCCAAGCAUCAUAAUAAGGAAUGCUUCUAUCCAUGCACGCAUUUGAAUGGGAGGGGAGAUUAAUUGCAUUUUCAUAUGCUACCUCGAACAGAAGGGUUAGUUUGACCAAAGUGCAUGUCUCUCUAUUUCUUUACCAAUUCUACAUGGAAAUAAACACACACUAAUAGAAUGAUGGCAAUAAUGGCACAGUUUGUGUUUAGAGAGUUGAAACGCUGUACGAAUGAGUAGAGCACCAAAGGAAAUGGUUGGAGAGACACAAUGUUAGGUAACACAUCACAGAGAGAUGAUAUGAAUGAGAAAGUAAGGGUCACAGUCACACCGAAGUACCAAGGCAGCAAAACAUUUUAUACUUCCAGUUCCUCUGCCAUGCAACCUGACAGCAGGAUCACAUAAUGUUA